AUGCCUGUCAGGCCUCUCUGGAUUGUCACCGCUGCAGUCGGCCUUACUUCAAUCAUCUUAGGCUCCCGCCUAGGUUUUUACGACCGCGCCCCUCUCAUCCUUUUCAAGAAUCGAUUUGGUCUCCUUGACGGGAACAUCUACUCCGAUGUCCCUCCCGAAGUCGUCCCCGACGCCUACUAUAUCAGAGUCGGCGACGAACUUAAUGCCGGCAACGCCACUAACUCAGGCCACGACCUCGAAGUCAAGGUCCCCGGAUGCCCGAACAUCGCCUUCACCCCGCUCCCCUACACGCACGCCGUCUCCGCGCACUGGAUCAAUCUCCGCUACCCCAUGGGAAACGCCCAGGGGAACCCGCUCGACCCGCACUACGUCGCCUGGCCGGCGCACGAGCGCACGGCGGGGGCCAACACGUACGGCCAGAAACAUAUCUACGAAGUGCAGACGAGUACGCACGAUACGACACAUACUUCAAAACGCUUCUGGGACUGGGGCGGCCAGACGUUCUGCGGGUGGGCUGCGAAGUACAUCGCUAACUCAGGGACCAUCGGCCACCAGCUGGCGUGCCUCCCCCACGAUAACAACCCGUACAAGCCCUGGAUGCCGUUGCUCGAGCAAGUGUCCAACGGGUCGAAAGCGACCGCCACAAACGGUAAGCACCUGCGCCAGAAAGCCUCCUUCGACAAGUACAACUUUACCAAGGUGUCCGUGUCGCGAUCGGCCGCGGGGGUGUGGUCGUACAUGAGCGCGCCGGAGAGCCAAUACUCCUUCGAGCAGCAAGCGGACUGUACCUGCGUCGCAUGGCGCGCGGCUCCAGCAAUAAUCAUUAACCCGCGAGAUAUACAGGGCGGGGUGGAUGAAGUGGUAUACCGAGGCGUCCCCCCGCCGCACGUCGGCGCGGCUGCGCUGUACAAGGCGCACAUCCUCGACGUGUUCGUGCCCCGCCUGCGGGUGGGGGUGGACGACGUGAUCAAGUGGUGGAGGGCCGCCCACGGGGACAGCCCGCAGACUGUUAGGCUCAACUUCAAUUCCGCUUUGGACGACGGCCAGGUGGUGCCAGUCACCGCCCACAUGCUGCAGCCGUAUAUCAGGGGAGUCAUGCCGGACGGCGAGUUCGACUGGUCUACUGUCCCCAAUCAUGCGUGGAAUGGCUCGCCGAUGCGGGUGGCUGCACAGAUGGGCUACGCUGCUGGCGCGUCAAGGUCACCAGAUCUCAAACUCGAGCUCUCAGCGACGGUGGGUCCGCACAGCUCCUUCCUGGCCACCACCGACGUCCUGGACCCAUCGGCAACCUUCCCCGUCCGUGCUCUCGAGCAAGACGUCAGAAUCGACAGGUGGUCGCUAACGUCUAUGCAUGCGUGGCUCGUGGGCUCCUGA